AUGUCUUCCGAAUUCAAACCAAGUAUAUUAGAUCUAUCGAAACCUGAUUUUGAUGUUGAUGCAUAUGUUGCCAGAUUACUUCGAGAAAAAUCGCUAGAUGAACUUGUGAAAGAAGAAGAAGAAAUGGUAUCAUCUGUUAGACGUUUGGAUUCAGAUGUUCAUCAAAUUGUGUAUGAAAAUUAUAACAAGUUUUUGACUGCAACGAAUACUGUGAGAAAAAUACAGGACGAGUUCAAUCAAUUGGAUACGGUUUGUAUUUUUUCGUUUAAAAUUAUCCUGAAAAAUCAACAUUUUCAGGAGAUGAUAUCACUGAGUGAUAGUAUGAAAACAAUAUCUGGUCUAAUCGGAAAUCUUGAUGGUGUACUUGGUGAAAGAAGAGAAGAUGUAUUACAAUUGGGAAGUUCUUACAAAGUUGUUAAUAGUUUGAAAUAUAUUUUUGAUUUACCGCAUGUUCUACAAGUAAGUUAUUUUUAUUAUUCAAAAUUGGAAACAAAAUUGAUUGACUUCAGAGUCAAUUUGAUGAACGGAAUUUUGGGGAAGUUAUUCGUUUAUUCAAACUCGCUGAAGAUUCAUUAAAACGUUAUCAAGAUGUUCCACAAGUUUCUCGAGUUUUUGAAAAAUCUGAAAGAAUUUUCAAAAGAACGGAGAAUCAAUUAAUGGAGCAAUUGAAAAAUCCAGCAAGUGGAGCAGAAGUUGUUUCGGAAGCAGUUGAUCUUUUAUUGAAAUUAGGAAGAGAUCGAAUUGAAGUUCAAAAAAUACUAUUGAAAUGUUCAGAACAAUCAUUGCGAGCAGAUUUGAAAGAACUUGAAAGAAGUCAUUCGGAUGUUUUGGAUUUGGUUGAUAAAGCAUCCGAGACAUUUAUACCAAAUUUGACAUUGAUUGCAACAACUCAUGAUCGAUUAUUUGAAGAUAAACGAAAUGAACUUUUGAUUGUAUUAAAAACAGAAAUGGUAUCACUUCAUAAUUUAGUAUCAAAAGUAUUCCUUUCUUCAAAUGAUGCAAAAGAUUGUUCAAUUGUAGUUCGAGCUCUUGAUAGAUAUUUUAGAAAAGUAUCAACAUGUCGACAUGUUAUACCAGGUUUGUUAUAAUUAUUCUUUUCAAUUUAAAAAAUUUACAAUUUUUGUUUAGGACUCGAUUUUCUUUCUUCAACAGUCGAAUUAAUAAAUGAUGUAUCUAAACAUGAAAUCGAUUUAUCACUAACAAGAAUCAAAGAAGAACUUCGAACUGUAUUAUCUGAAACUCGUCAAAAUCUCAUCAAUGAUUCGAAUGAUCUUGUUAGUUUAUCUUCGAAAAUUGAGCAAAUUUUUGUGCAUCAAGUCAAAACAGCUCUUGCCAAUUUAUUAUUAUUUACUGCUAGUGAUGUUACAUUUGCCAAUUUACCACCAAAUGAUUUUCGUCUUUCUUUUGCUUUUAAUGCACACGAAAGACUUUUGGUUCAAGCUUUCAAUCGAUUUUUGGAAUUAGCUGAUGAAUACGGUAUAUUUUUUUUUAAAAUAAAACAUUUCUUUAUAUUGUGAUAUUUUUCAGAAUCUGGAACUGCUGAAACUCGAUUCGCGGAUGCAAGAGUUCUUUUGGUAUUUGCCGUUUCACUUCAACAUUUGUCCAAUAAAUCUGCAAUAUAUUUAUUGAAUUUGUGCAGGGAACAAUUUUCAUUAACAUCAUCUACUGGACUUACGAGUAAGUUUCAUUUCAAGGUGUGGAACAAAAAAAACAAAACUAAUUGUUCAGACAUAAGCGAAGUUAUUUCCGAUAUCAAAUUACGAGCUCAAAAAUUGGUUCGAUGUUUUGCUGAAAAAACUGGAUUAUCGAUCGGUGAAAAUUUGGCAAAAGGUUGCACAAUGUUAGUUCAACCAUCAGCAACACCAAAUUCAGUACGAUCUGCAGUUCGAAGAGUUGUUGAAGAAACAACAUUAUGUGAUAAUGAAUUAACAAAUCUUCUUGGAGGAGAUAUUAAACAAAAAGAAACUCGACCAAAUCGAAGACCAAUUACUUCAGCACUUGAUGCUGCAAGAGAUUCAUUAUGGUGUGAAAGAAUUGAUUUUCAUAUGCAAAUACAUGUGAGUUUUCACAAAAUACUUUAUUAUUAUAUUAUUUUUAAAUUUCAGUUUAAUCGCGCUUCAAUAAUGACUGCUAUAAUCAAAGUUGUUCUGAAAAUAUUUAUCGAAUCAGUGCGAUCUCAAACAUAUAGCAAAUUUGGUGUUGAACAAGUUCAAGUCGAUUGUUAUUAUUUACAAAGAUGUUUGGCUUCAGUGGUUUCUGAUGAGGUAACUAAUCUUACAAGGGAACCUUUUUUACUCAACACUUCAAAUCAUGAUGAAAUUUGGUCCAUGGACAGCUUUUGGGACCAUAAGAACACCCUAAAAAUUUUAGUCUCCCAAUCGACCUCUGAGCCAAGUUCUGGGCUCUCAAAAACUCAAAAAGGCCUAAAAAUGGUCAUAAAAGUCAUCAUAGCUCCAUUUCAAAAUUUUUUUUGGGAGAAAUGAAAUUUCAGAUAUUGAUCAGCAUAGUCGAUUACCUAAAAGUCAAUCAAUAAAAAACUUUAUUUCUAAAAAUUUUGAAGUUUUUUAUUUUUGGGAUGAAAAUUCAUGAAAAUCCAUAUGUGCCCCUGCUCAUUCUUUUUUUCAAAAUCAAAAAUUUUUCUGAAAAUUUGAUUUAUUGAUGGUUUUUGGGUAAAUCGACCACGCUGAUCAUCAUCUGCUACUCAGUUUUUCAUAAAAUUGAUCGAAAAUUGAGUUAUGAUGUGUUUUAUGAGCCAAUUUUGGCAAUUUUCGAACUUUUGAGAGCCCAGAACUUGGCUCAGAGGUCCAUUGGGAGACUAAAAUUUUUAGGGUGUUCUUAUGACCCCAAAAGCUGUCUCUGGACAAAAUUUCAUCAAGGUUUGAAGUGUUGAGUAAAAAAGGUUUCCUUGUUAAUAAUUUUAAAAAAUAUAACAAUAUUUUUUUAUAUAGGUGGUUGUAAAUUCAAUGGUAGAUCAAGCACUUUCUUCGGCUUUGAAACGGUGCAAUGAUCCAGUUCUUGUUCAUCCUUCGAGACUCGCUCAACUUUGUGAUGGAAAUUCGAAUCGACCUGGUUCACAAACUUCUAGUCUGGGAUAUUAA